AUGUCUGAUUAUGUUGAAAUUGCUGAAAAAGCUGGAUUAAAAGGAGAUUUGGAUAGAUCACAAAGAUACGUAAAAAGAGCAGAAGAAGUUAAUUUAGAAUUGGAGGCUGUGAGGAAGCUUUUCUUACCAAAUAUACGGCUGGCUACAAAGAUCCUAAUGGUAUUCUAUUCUUUUUUUUUAAUUUUAAAUUUAUUCACCCACCUCUCUUUCAUUUUUCUUCUAGCUCCAAAACCAAUGCGUAUUUGUGAAGUUUGUGGAAGUUUUUUAAUUAUUGGAGAUUGCCAGCAACGAAUUGAUGAUCAUAUGCAAGGAAAGCAACAUUUGGGUUUUGCAAGAGUUGCUGAGACAAUUGAGGAACUCAAGGAAAAACUUGACAAGGAAACUUCGCCAAUCCGCUCACGUAGCCGUUCGCGUUCAAAGAGUCCUGAGCGUCGUCACCAUCAUUCGAGCUUGUCACACUCAUCGCACCAUCAUCGAGAUCGUACUGGUUCGCACAAGAGCGAUUCGGGGUCGCACAAAUCUGACAAACGUCACGACGAGAAGCAUCAUAAACGGUUAACUUUUUCACAUACCUUUAAAACAUUAAAAAUUUUUUUAUUAAGUCACCGAGACCGUUCACGUUCACGAGACCGCUCUCCUCGUCACAAAGGCCGUUCGUCUCGUUCACGUUCUCCACGUUCAAAAUCGCGACGUUAGAAAGAGGUUACUCAAACAGUCAAUGGAUAUAUUCAGGUAAAUGAUCAUCAUCCUCUUGAAAAUAUUCUCUCAGAAUUGCAUUGAGAAACCAGUGAUGUUUUGUUGUUGCAUUAAAUGUUUACCAAAAAAUGAGGUUUAAAAAAUCCCAUGUGUCAUGAGGAUUUUUCAUAUAUAAUUUGUUAGGUUACAAAGACACAAAAUGAAAUUGCUUCUUUCAAGGUUUUUUCAAAAAAGGUUUCAAAACAAUUCUUUACCCCUUUCUCCUCCAUACUUUUUUAAGACCAUCUUUUCCAUACACAAUCACUCUUGUCCCCAUCUUUCCUUUCUUU